GCUCCCACCGUUGUUGCCACGUACUCCGCCUUGGUGGUCGACAGCGCCACCGAAGCCUGUUUCUUGCACCGACAAGACAUGAUCGUUCCGUUGAUCUGCACGAUUGCUGCACUGACCGAUUUUCGAUCAUUUUUGUCUCCAACGAAGUCGGCGUCCGUAAUUUGCAGUGGUUGGCUAGGCUCUCCAUCAGCGAUCAUAGAGAGCUCGAGAGCUCGCGUCCCGCUCAGAUACAGGGCUUUACGCCUGGACAGCUUCCUGUCCGCCAUGGUGGGGGCGUGCGCACGUCGUGUAACACAGUUCACGUGCAGCGGGGCUGCCGUAGCUUUAGCGUCAGAGGAAGACGUAACAGACUCACAGAGUCUCAGCUUAAGAUAG